AGGACUAGACACUUCUAUAAUCUAGCCCUCUUGAGUUGUUGUUAGGAAUUGUUUGCAGUCGUACGAUGUCUGCACAGGAUAUCUGUCAAGAAGAUAUAGGAAUAUUCAAAAAUAAAAAAUAUUGUAUUAUGGCCCCAAAAAAGGGAAAUGCAAAGGCAGGUUCAAAACCAGGAAAAAGUUCAGAGUCUGAAGAAAAGGGAAAGGAAAAGAAAGGCGGUACGGCUGUAAAAGUCCGACAUAUUCUCUGCGAAAAACAAGGUAAAUGCCUCGAAGCCCUAGAAAAACUUAAGGCGGGACAGAAAUUUCCUGAGGUAGCUGCAGCUUAUAGCGAGGACAAGGCUAGGUCAGGGGGUGACUUGGGUUGGAUGACCAGAGGCUCGAUGGUGGGCCCCUUUCAAGAAGCUGCAUUUGCUUUGCCUAUUUCCUCCGUCAAUAAUCCUAUUUACACGGACCCUCCUGUUAAAACUAAGUUCGGUUACCAUAUUAUUAUGGUUGAAGGAAAGAAGUAAUGAAUGUUUGUAUUAAGGUAUUUUAUUUGUUAAAAGGCUGAGUGUAUGAUUUUUUAUUGUAAAUAUAUAAAUUUGAUUACUUAUUUA